CUUCAUGCGACGGCGCUGGGCGCGGGCUCGGAGCGGCUGCGGUGCGGCGCUUCCCGCCGGGCCUCAGCGCAUGUGAGCGGCAGCGCGGCGGCGGAUCGGCCAUGCGGUGGCCCCGCGGCCCCCGCGGCGCCUGGCGGCUGCUGCCCCGGCGCUCGCUAUUGGCCGUGCUCUUCCUUUUCUCGCUCUCCUCCUCCUUCCUCUACUUCGUCUAUGUGGCGCCGGGCAUCGUGAACACCUACCUCUUCAUGAUGCAAGCACAAGGCAUCAUGAUUCGUGAAAACAUGAGAACAAUAGGAGCUCAGGUGUAUGAGCAGGUGGUCCGCAGUGCCUAUGCCAAGAGGAAUAGCAGCGUGAAUGACUCAGAUUAUCCUCUUGACUUGAAUCACAAUGAAACCUUUCUGCAAGCUACAACUUUUCUUCCUGAAGAUUUUACAUACUUCCCCAACCACACCUGUCCCGAAAGGCUCCCUUCUAUGAAGGGCCCUAUUGAUGUAAAUAUGAGCGAGAUUACGAUGGAGGACAUCCACCAGUUCUUCUCCAAAGACCCUUCCAUCAAGCUGGGAGGCCACUGGAAGCCAAGCGACUGCCUGCCUCGCUGGAAGGUGGCGAUCUUGAUCCCAUUCCGCAAUCGCUAUGAGCAUCUUCCAGUCCUUUUCAGACACCUUAUUCCAAUGCUGCAGCGUCAGCGUUUACAGUUUGCAUUUUAUGUUGUGGAACAAGCUGGUACUCAGCCCUUCAACCGUGCCAUGCUCUUCAAUGUUGGCUUUCGGGAAGCCAUGAAGGACUUGGACUGGGACUGUCUCAUCUUCCAUGAUGUGGACCACAUACCAGAAAAUGACCGCAACUAUUACGGGUGUGGACAGAUGCCAAGACACUUUGCAGCCAAGCUGGACAAGUACAUGUACCUGCUGCCCUAUAAUGAGUUCUUCGGUGGGGUGAGCGGCCUGACUGUUGAGCAGUUCUGGAAGAUCAAUGGUUUCCCCAAUGCCUUCUGGGGCUGGGGUGGCGAGGAUGACGACUUAUGGAACAGAGUGCAGUAUGCAGGCUAUUCAGUGACUCGACCGGAAGGAGAUACAGGGAAAUACAAAUCAAUUCCCCACCAUCAUCGAGGAGAAGUGCAGUUCCUAGGAAGGUAUGCCUUGCUGAGGAAGUCAAAAGAAAGGCAAGCCCUGGAUGGCCUCAAUAAUUUGAACUACUUUCCUAAUGUCACAUAUGACGCCUUGUAUAAGAACAUCACUGUUAACCUGACACCAGAGCUGGCUCUGGUAACUGAAUAUUAAGUGGAGAAAAUAACUUUGCUCUGCUCUUCACCAAGAGAGCAUCACACCUGACUUUCUUUUCCAAGGGUUGUCAAGGACGAAAUACUUUAUCUAAUGAAGGAUCACAGUAUUUUGGAGUAUAAGGCUGAAAGUGCACGCACAAAUUGUCCCAGCUAUCCCAGCGCUACCUGAUCCUCAUGCAGUGAGCUCCACAGGCUUUUUUGUUCCCUGCCACUUGCUUUCUGGGUUUCAGGACAGCUGUUGGAGCUGCUGCUCUCAUCUCCACAUUCCUCCAGCAGUCCUCAGCUCUGGGCUCACUUAGGGCAUGUUCUUUCCUCUGGCAAGUGUUUGGAGCAAUGCAGUUGGAGCUACUCUGGUGGGAGACCAGACAACUUCUGGUACCAUUCUUCUACAUUUGUGCUGUUUUUUAAAAUGACCUGCUUAAAGUAUAUACAUCAGAAUCGCUUCUUAAAGAAGUGUAAAUGUAAAUAUGCUGUGUAAGUUGCUCAUUUUUAUUAUCUUCUAUGGUUUGAAUCCAAGCUAGAGGUCUACAUGAAGUCACUCUCUCAUCUUAGUCCUGAGUUCUGUAAGCACUUGUGUGCGCAUCACUGUACCUGUGCAAGUUGUUCCCUAUUCCACCAGUGAGACUGCUUGCAUGAUUUAAGCUAUACAUAUGCAUUAAUAUUUGUGGGACAGAGCCCUUGGCAUUAAAAGCCGCAGAUGAGAAAUACAACCAUGUUGUCACUCCUUACAGGAAUCAUGUAGGUGGCUCCUUCUGGGAAGAGAGAAUAAUAUUUCUGUCAUGUUUGUGACAUACUGUGCAGAUCAGUGUGAAGCUGUAUGGGAUGGGAUCCACCACCUGUUCUGUACAACCCAAUGGCAGGCAUGGCUCUGCAGCUCCCUGGGAGCUCACCUCGUCCCUGCCAUCCCCACGUGGAGCAGAAGGGUUUGAGGGUUGUUCUGUGGAAGAGAAUUAGGUAAGCAGUGAGUGAACCCAGUGAACAGUAGCAACCGACCCGUGGUUGCUACUGUUGGCCACCUGAAAGCACUGGCAGGAGUGCAGCUGAUGGGCAGGCUGUCAGCAGACACCAGUACGGGAAAGAUGAAGGACACGUGAGUUCAGCUUAUGCAAGCUUGCGGACUAGGAACCUGACAGCUUGGUCUGGUGCCCCAUCCAGCCUCUGGAAUUCUGUGCCCCCAUCCUUGCUCUGCAGCAGGCUGGGCUGUGACUGUCCCAUCCCCUUCUUGCCCAAGUCAGUCUGUAGGUUACGCAGCAUGUAUACAGUCAUUUUUACUGGACUUCCCCAACUUAAAGGUAAAUAUAUUGGGGGUUGUGUUUUAAAUUCUAUUUAUACAAAGCACUUGUAUUUCUUCUCAGAAGUACUUUAACUUUCUUCUUAUUGCAUUGUUUACCUUAGGCUUCCUUUCUGUUCAUAGUUUACAUUCUUUUCUUGGUUUCGUGGACGUAUGAUCCCCAUACACAUCUGUUGUGGGUGUGACUGCCCAGAGCAUUCCUAACCUGUAUCUGGAAAAAGAGGGUUAGAACGUAGAGUUCUGGUGGUGUGGAUCUUACUGGCCAGCAUGAGAGGACAGCGAGCCUGCCCUUGAAAAGCGCAGAUAGUUUAGAACUUAGGUUUAAAGCCUUUGAAUUUACACGUGCUUUAAAGUCACUUCCCAAGGGGAUCCAGCAUGGUUAUUUAUAGGCAGAGGUGAGGAUUUGCUUUUUAUGAUGCAUAUAGCAAUAAAGACUUCCUUCAAUUUCUGAAUCUUGAUCUCUAAUUCACGUGGAUCCUUUUCAGAUGCUAAACCUGUGUUAUCCUAACCCUCUUUUUUUUAUUCUUGAGAUGUUGCUAGAAAUCUCUUUGUUUAAUGGUGCUUCAAAUAAGGAAUGUAUUUCAACUUGUUGACGUUCACUACUGCAGGAAAUCAUGCAUGUGUGUGUGAGUAGGUGUUUAUCUACCUUCGUUUGAAUCCUUAGCCUUUGAAGUGUACCUGACUUCCAUUGCACCUUGUGUUGAACAAAGUGCGAUGUUACCUCUGAUCAGAAAUGCACUGUAGAGAUGGCGUAAGAAUCCAUUUCCCCAUAGCAACAUCCCUGUUCAUAGUUCCUUUGUUCUAAUUACAUUGAAAUUUUCCCUUUUCAAAAUGUGGAAUAUCUUUAAAAUGUGCACUGUUAAUCUUAUGAGAUAUAUCAAAUACUUUACAGUAAGUGUAACUGUUAAAAACACACUGUCAAACACGCGUGCUGUUGUGCUGUAAAAAUUCUUGUAUCAAGGAGAUCUUGUACAUAUUCUGGCAGCUGAAAUCCAUCGAGGCUACGUGUUCACCCCUUCCGUGAUGCCAUGGCAUUACAGUCCCAUGGCGGACAGACCAUGUUCAAUGCUGACUUUUUUUUUUUUUUUUUUUUUUUUAAAUAAGUGGCCAUAGGAGUUUAAUUUGCAGAAGUACUUAUUUUUGGUUUGUUACUCGUAGAGCUCUGCUUGUCUAGGAAAGGUACUGUCGGAGCAAUGGCCACAAACUGAAGUCACUCACCAGUAGAGGUGGCUUCAAACUAUAUUGUCUUUCUGCUGUCAUUGCUCUUGAGCUUACUGCUAUGUUUUUAAGAGAUGCCGGGGGACAUUUUUGCACUGAAGACAAAGUGUUUUAAAACACACACACACACACACUUCUCAGCAAAGCAAUCCUUUGUGUCAUUACAUUUAUUUACCCGUGUCUUUGUACAUUUUUGUAUUUGUUAAUUUAUGAAUGAUUUUUUUCAGUAAAAAAAAAAAGACAUAUUCAAGAA